AUGCUUACUAGUUAAGACAUGAUAAUUGGCUAUGCAGGAGUUUGGAGUCAUGAAUAAUUUAGAGAGUACAUUGAAAGGAAAUUAGUUAAUCAUUAAUAAUUUUUCUAAAGACAAUUAAGGAAAUAAACAACUCCAGAAUUCCUUUCUCAAGCUUAUGCCUUAAGUGAUGAAAAAAAUGAUUCUAUUGAUAUUGCUCUACUUUUUAAAGGGAAUAAAUGGAGCGAUAAAAAUAUGGCUACUUAGCAUAUAUUGAAUUAAAUUUUAGGAUCUUCAAGUUCCUGGUCAACUGGUGGUCCUGGAAAAGGAAUGAGGUCAAGAACAACACUCAAUCUAAUGUAAUCAAUAUCGUCUGUGGAAGAGGCUUCAGGUGUUUCAUAAUUGUUCUCUGAUGCUGGUAUAUUUGGUUUGAGAGUUCAAGGACCUCCUACUUCAAAAUAAGAACUAUAUUCAUGUUUAAUAGAUGAAUUCAGAUAGUUAGGAUAGCCAAUGAGUGAUGAAGAAUUUCUUAGAGGAAAAAACAUAGCUAUAACUUUAAUAAAUUUGAAUUUAGAGAGAUAAGCAGAUCGACUAGAAGAACAAAUCAAAACUACAUUCUUGAUGGGAUAAAAUGCUGUACCGCUUUAUGAAAGUUUGCUUGAAAGUGUCACUAAAGAAGAACUUUAAGAUUACAUAAAGAAUCUUAUAAAUAAUUCUGAACCUACUCUCAUGUACUACGGUAAAAACGUAUAGGAUAUUCCAACUCUUCAACAAAUUAAAAGAAAUUUGAGAAGAUGA